ACUCUAACAAUCACAAUACUCACACCUAUUCAUCAUCUCUCUCUCGGCACUCUCUCUCUCUGACGCAGACUCGUAGAGCUGCCCGUCUCUCACUCCAUUCCAUUUCUCGUUUCUCUUUCUUCCAUGAUGCCGGAAAGCGUGCUUUCUUCUCGAAGAAGUCCACCAUCUCCCAAAGAAGGAGACGAAGACGACGAAUCCAAGACAAGGAAAACCUCAUCAUUCUCUUCCUUUCCCAUCAUCAAGUACGUGAGCAACCACAUCCCUAAAAUGGGCUCGACGGCCACGAUCCUCUCCCUCUUUCUCCUCCUCCUCCUGCUCAUCUUCGCAUCUGUCCUCUUCAAAUCUCGCAAUCUCGUCUGCAUUUCCCCUUACGAUUCAUACCACUCCCGCAUGAAUCCCUUCGUCAACCUCGACGGCCUCAGUUCUGAUUUCGGAUCCCUCGGCGUCCCUUGGUGCAGAUCGAAACUCGGAAGAGUGGUCGAAUGGACAUCGAAGGAUCUUCUCAAGGGCUUGGAAGAGUUCGUCCCCAUAUAUGAAACCCGGCCGAUAAAAAACAACAUGUUUGGGAUGGGCUUUGACCACAGCUUUGGGCUCUGGUUCAUUGCCCAUUGGCUCAAACCUGAUUUGAUGAUUGAGAGUGGUGCUUUCAAGGGGCAUUCCACUUGGGUUCUCCGGCAAGCGAUGCCAGAUACGCCGAUUGUGUCCCUCUCACCUAGGCACCCUGUGAAGUACCUGAAGAAGGGGCCUGCUUAUGUUGAUGGAAAUUGCACUUACUAUGCUGGAAAGGAUUUUGUUGACUUCGGAAGCAUGGACUGGAGACCUGUGAUGAAGAAACAUGGUAUUUCAGAUCUCAGUCGGGUGCUUGUCUUCUUCGAUGAUCAUCAAAACGAGCUAAAAAGAUUGAAACAGGCGUUGAAAGCUGGCUUCCGGAAUCUUGUCUUUGAGGAUAACUAUGAUACUGGAACUGGAGAUCAUUAUUCCUUGAGGCAGAUAUGUGAUCAGAACUACAUAAGAGGUGGUGGACAUAGUUGCUUUAGAGAUGGUGAUGAAGCCAGGAUAAGGAUGAUGAGGAGUAAGUUCUGGGAAAAGGCAGUGGACGUAGACGAGCUAUGUGGGAAGGGGGAUGCAUGGUGGGGCGUUAGAGGGGAGAUGCGGGAUGAUUUUAACCACAGUAACAAGGUGAUUUCUUAUGCGGAUCAUUUUCAAAACAGUAGGUUUGUGGAGUCGGUGCUAGAUGUCUAUUGGGAGCUCCCCCCGGUGGCUGGUCCUUCCCUUACUCAUCAAAUGAGAUAUGAUCCUGCCCGCACUCCUGAUCCCAUUGUCGAAGAUGGAAGGUAUGGCUUGUUCCAGAGGCUCGGUUUAGCGCGGCUUGAGACUUCUGUAUUCAAUGGAUACACGCAGAUGGUUUAUCUUCAAAUAUCUCCACCUGGCUCUUAAAUCCAUAGGAAAAAAAUAUAUAUCAUUCAAAGGGGUUUUGCUCAGUUUCCCAGUGCAUGGAAGUGAGGUCUGGUGAGCUUGAGUAUCUUCAAAUGUCUUCUGUUCAUACGUGGAAUGUUCUUUUACUUCAUACAUGUUUUUAAUGUUUAUUGCAACGGUUAACAAUUUCAGAACCAUUAAUGGGGCAACAUAUGCUUGAGUUGACAAUG